GUUAUGUAGGCGUUCUAAUGGCCACAUGGUCUUGUUUGUUGAAAUUGAAAGUGGAAAGGACAAAACUAACCUUACUCUGUAUACUCUGUAACAAAAACAAAAAGGAAUGGACGUUAUGUAUUGCAAACAUCAUGACAGUUCUGUUUUUAAUUUUAAUUGAUUCAAUCAGUUUUAGAGUUGAAUUUUAAAAUUAUCCAAUUUAUAAAUGGAAUUAUUAAUUCACCAGACAGCUUAAACUUGCUGUCAUUUUUUCAGCUCAGUUUUCGGCUUCAAUCAACAGGUUUUUCUUUCUUAUCAAUAAUUUCAUGAGUAUUUAAUCACCUAUCUUAGCUCAAGGUUAAAUAGUUGUUAAUGUUUUAUUCGGAGUGUCGUAACUCAUAAAUUGUAUAAUAGACCGUAGCUAUGCAACAAAACAACCGUCUUUUUUUAACUGGUGCCUCAGGUUUAUUAGGACGGUCAAUUUAUCAUAAAUUUUUAGGAAAUGGAUGGAAUGUUUAUGGUGUGGCUUGGUCAAGGGCUAGUGGUGAUCUACAUAAAGUUGACAUAACCAACAGCAUAGCCGUGCAAGAAGCCUUGUCCAACUUCAAACCCACACUCAUCAUACACUCUGCCGCUCAACGAUUCCCAGAUUUGGUCGAUAAGUUUCCAAACGAAGCAAGGCAACUGAAUGUCGAAGCCUCCAAAUUAUUGGCUACAGAAGCUGCAAAACUAAAUAUUCCUAUCCUCUACAUAAGCACAGACUAUGUAUUUGAUGGGAAAUCUGCUCCAUAUUCGGUUGAUUGCAAGCCGAAUCCUGUCAAUCUGUAUGGAAAAUUGAAAUUGGAGGGAGAAGAACAGAUUUUAGAAGUGAAUCCAGAUGCUCUCAUACUAAGAGUGCCAGUCCUGUAUGGUCCGGUUGAAAAAUUGUCAGAAAGUGCUGUAACCGUGCUGUUGGAUCUUCUCCUGAACCCUGCCGUCCCGAAAAGUGUUUCCGACUAUGAGCGCCGAUGUCCAUCACAUGUCGAUGACAUAGCGCACAUCUGUUUUCAAUUGGCUGGCGCCAAAAACAAGGACACACAUUUGAAAGGAAUUUUCCACUGGUGCGGUAAUGAGGUGUUCACCAAGUAUCAGAUGGUUGUGAAAAUGUCGGAAGUCUUUGGAUUGCCUAUGGACCACUUGACUGCGGAUAAAAGUGUGACGUCAUCGGUGACAAGACCAUUUGAUACGCAGCUGGACACAUCAAGACUUGUGCAACUCGGCUUCGGACAACACACGCCUUUCACUCAAGGAAUCAAUCAGGCGCUGUCGCAGUGGGUCUCUGACCGGAAACACUGAUCCUGGAAACCUCCAUUCAUUGUUAGGUUUGCUGCUUCAAAAUAUUUAUUUAUUUUUUUAUUGUUAACUUUUAUCAAUAAAUUUUACGAUUGAAUUCUAA